UAAGCGGCCUCUGGGCAGCCCGGCCGUGGGGGCGGGGCGGGGCGGGGCGCCAACGCAGCCCUGCUGGGGAAGGAGGGCGUCCGCCUUGCAGCACUGCUCCGUAUUUCUCCACGCUGCUCCCUCUGUCCAUCCAUGGCGGCGGCGGCGGCGGCGGCCCUGUCGGGCCUGGCGGUGCGGCUGUCGCGCUGGGCCGCGACCCGCGGCUCUUACGGCGCCUUCUGCAAGGGGCUCACGCGCACGCUGCUCACCUUCUUCGACCUGGCCUGGCGGCUGCGCACGAAAUUCCCAUACGUCUACGUCGUGGCCUCGGUGAUAUUCAACGUCCGCCUGCAGGUACAUAUUUAGAGCCACCAACUUUGUGGCCCCUCGUGAGACUCCCCCCCCCACCGCCGCCCCACAACCCCAGGCAGAAGGGCUGAUUUCCACCCACCCGCUCACCCACCCUACAACAAAGAGACCAGCUCCGCUCACGCACGCAGACUCGCCGGUCCUACCAUUGCCCCAUCCUGUAGUAGAACUAAAAACAGCAUUUGCAAAAAGCCUGCGAUAUAAGCGAAAAAGCCUGAGAUAAAACGAAAGGUUGACUCCCAAGAAAACAGAUAAUUCAAGAAACAGAAAAGAACUUAAAAAUUUGAAAAUUUCUCAAAUACUUGAGAAAUUCUGGCAUCCAUUUCCAUGAAACAAAAAAUAGCAUGAACUUUGGGAAAUGACGAACGGCACAGGAUACAUUAUGAAAAAAUAAAGGGGGAAGUGUAACUAAAAACUUAAGGAAAGAUAAACUAUACAAGAAUGGUCCAAAUAGCAGGCACGCUUUCUAAGUUAGAAUACAAGUGAAUAGACUUUCAGCUGAAUGGAAUGAAUUCUAAGCGAUUGCUGGAUUGAGUAAGAACUUGGAGGAAAUUAACAGCAUGAUCUGGAAGGCAUACAUAUCUUCAUCCCCGAAGGAAAAAAACAAUCAUAAAACAGAAACUACAGGGAAAAACAAGCAUUUCAAACUGUACAAGAAAAUCAUGCUUCCAACAUCAAGCAAUCUCAGCUGUUGCAUGGUUUUGAACAGUUGCCAGACUGAGAAGGGGAAUCUGUUUGAAUAUUGGCGUGUGGAUCAAGACUCUGCAGUCACAGGUUUGCUCCUGAUAUGACCAGACUUAGGACUUUACAGGCGCAGAUGCAGGUUCCAGGCCCUGGACUUCCCUCAGACCCGUCUACAGCCUGGGCACCCUUGGCCUCUUCCUUGGGCAUAGUUUUGUGAUGCCUUCAGGUUCAGACAGGUUCCGGUCACCUGAAUGACUACUGGCAUUGACCCCACUCUCCAGCAACUCAGAGAGCCUGUCUCUAGAACUCUGUCCUCCAGUACAGGGGUGGGAGUGGUCACAGAGUUGUAAACAUCCCAUCCUUCAAGGCAUGUCUUACAAGUCCCCAAUUUGGGCAGUUUGACUGCAAAUCCAACAGCUUCACUUCAAACCCUUCCCGAAAAAUGCUUGGAAACCUAGAGGCCAGGUUCAUAAGCCACAAUUUGUUGAGCCAAAGAAUCUGAAUGAUUUGGGGUAAGGUAACCAACGUCCUAAACGGUGGAGGCUCCAGGACAAGUAAGGAUAUCUAAUAUUUGGGGACUUUUACUGAGUACUAAUGUCUGUCCGUCACCUGUAUUUCUACUCCAGGUAGUCCUGUGGUCUGGAGAAGUGAAGCCCUGUGAUUUUAAUCAGUUCCCCAAAAGAGGGGAUGUUAGGUAGACAGAAAAGUAAUACAGACAAUAAUUACCUUCUACUCCAUGUAUUCCCAGCAUGUACGAACGCCCUUCUUCCAUUCAUAAGAUUUUGAAAAAGCUCCGUCCUGGCGUCAUUUAAUUACUCCUCAUGCAACCAGGAACUACCCAGAGAGAGGCAACACAUACAAACACUUCCGGCUGCCAUACUCAGAGGUGAGGUCAUGGGACCUCUGUAGUUUCAGUUCUCCCAGUGAUGUCUCUUCUUUCCCUAGUUCUGCCAUUAUCCCAACGUGGUCUUCCACAACUCCAUGACCUAAAUGGUGAAUUUACCACCACCACUCUAUCCUACUUAUACUACUAAAGAAGUAUUAUAAAGAAUAAUAAAGAUAUAAGUAAAGGAGAGAUGAGGGAAGCUUUUUUCUUAAAAAAGAAAGACAAUAAGCAGGAAAAUACAGAUAGAGGGUACAGGCCUCUUUUCUGCACACAGCCAUGAAGUGGUCCCGUUAUUUGUGACUUCUCUGUCAAUUCCACAAUCCCUUUGGUUUUCCCACUGGGGAGGCUCAAUCCUUUCUUCCUGAGGAGUAUGAGCCCUUGGUAGUCCUUUGUAGGGUCACAGUACUCUGUCAUGUACCCUCUCGGGACUGUCGUAUAAGACGGUACCUUAGGGUACCUGAGCAUCUGUCUUUCUCCCCGUCCUUAUUCUAUACAAUGAACAAUAUAAUCACCCUUUUUGAGCGGCUCCAGGGGCUACGAGUGGCUUCAAAUUCAGUGGAACGAUUAUUUUUUUCCAUCCUGGAAGUGUUUUCUCCUAGGAAACUAAAACCUCUAAGCCAGCAGAGAUCAGAGCUGCAGGUACUAGAAGUAAAACUGUUGUAGAUGGUUUGGGUGUAAUUAUGAGGGUCGCCGCCUUUAUUUUCACUCCUCUGUUCCCAGACUUGCAAAUCUCGGCAGCAGGAAUAAAGCUCUACAUAUUGGUUGCUG